ACGUUUGUGAUCUCGCUAACCGCUUCCAGACAGCGGUGCCACAGGUUGCUACCAAGUCGACCGCCAGAAAACAACCGCAGUGUUUCCGAACGCGGUUAAGUGACGUCACCGGUUCCACCGCAAGCGUUUCCGAACGCUUGCGGUUGCACCGAGGCGACCGAUCCGCGUUUCCGAAUGCACCCUUGGUGUUGGCAAGACCUCAUUACAACCAUUUCAAAGGAUGCAGAAAACUACAUAAAUGCUUUAAACUUUCCUCUAACUAAUUAUAUUUGAAUAAAUUCUUUAUAUCUUCUGUACGUCUCCCUUUUUUUUCCCCCUUACGACUUAAAUUACAAGUUAACUGCAGCUGCCAAUGAUGUUUACAUACGAGCGGAGCGGGGAUCAGAGUGCGUGUUGUUUGAGUUUCGUAUAAAGUUUGAGAAAGUGUCGAUCAAAUAAUAAGUAAUUUGAAUGCGCUAAGUGACUUUUAUGCGAAGAGUUAUUGUUUUUUCAUACGUUUCGAAAUGCAUGCUGUUCAAUUUAGUAACUUGUCUCGAAGUGACGGAUCAGUGCUUAUGUCUUCAGGUGAUGUUAUAGUGCAGGCAUGCGUUUAUGGCCCAACAGAAAUCAAAGUGAGCAAAGAACUGUGUAAUAAAGCUGCUGUUGAAGUGUCCUUCAAGCCCAAAGUUGGGCAAUCUGAUAGUGAAGAAAGACUGAUGGAACAUUUCAUCAGAAAUGCUGUUGAACCACUCAUUUUGACAUCCUUGCAUCCUCGUACUUCCAUCAAUAUAAUCAUUCAAGAAAUACAAGAUGGUGGAAAUCUUCUAGCAUGUGGUGUGAAUUCAGCUUACUUAGCCCUCUUAGAUGCUGGUAUAUCUAUGACUGGAAGUGUUGCAGCAGUUCCAAUUGCUGUAUUUAAAGACAAAUUGAUUCCAUUUCCAACUGGGAAGGAAGUAAAGGCAGCCAGGGGCGUAACUGUAAUAUGCAUUGGAAGCCCUGGACAAAAUAUUCUUGGAAUCAAAAGUGGAUCAUUUGUUUCAUCCGAAGAAUUGCAAAAGUGUAUCUCCAUAGCAAGGAACUCUGCUGAAAAUUUAUUUCAAUUUUAUAGAGACUCUGUGAGCAAACAAUAUAAAGCAUCAGUUGCAUAAAUUAAAGUAUGGAAUGAAGUAUUCCCACUUUUUUAAAGAAUCUACUGUGACUUUAAAAAAUACUAUUUGUACAAAAGUUGUAUUCAUAGAGGAAAAGAAAAAUGAA